AUGGCUUCAGAUCGCGAUGUUCUCCCGGCAUGGUCACUGAUAUCUUCCAGGGCCAAACCCUCCCACUAUGCCCUCUCCCUCCAUGACCUCGAAUUCGGCGGCAACUUUGGCUACAAGGGCACUGUCGACAUCACGACCAACAUCACAAAGGACGACGGCUUCAACACCCUAGUCCUCAACGCACAUCAGCUCAAGCUCCAAAGCGCUGAGCUAAAGGCCGGUGACAAGACAUUCUCAGCAAAGGACAUAUCCUACGAUGAGAAGAGACAACAAGUCACGCUCGACUUUGGUGAGAACAUCACUUACACCGGCGAGGCCCAACUCUCCAUCAAAUUCUCCGGCUUCGUCAACAACAUCAUGGCCGGCUUCUACCGCUCCAAGUACAAGCCCAAGGGCGACGUCCCGGCUUCCGUUGCAAAGGACGACGAGUUCCACUACAUGUUCAGCACCCAAUUCGAAGCCUGCGACGCUCGCCGUGCUUUCCCUUGCUUCGACGAACCGAAUCUGAAAGCUACCUUUGACGUCGAACUCGAAGUGCCCAAGGACCAGGUCGCGCUCAGCAACAUGCCGGAGAAGGAGAUUAAGCCUAGCAAGAGGGAUGGUUUCCACACAGUUGUCUUCGAGCGAUCACCUAUCAUGUCUACCUACCUCCUAGCGUGGGCUAUCGGUGACUUUGAGUACGUCGAGGCGCACACUGAGCGCAAGUACAAUGGCAAGAACAUUCCUGUUAGGGUUUACACUACCCGUGGUCUGAAGGAGCAGGGACGCUUUGCUUUGGACAACUGCCACAAAAUUGUGGAUUACUUUUCCGAGGUCUUCCAGAUCGAUUACCCGCUGCCCAAGGUUGAUUUGCUGGCUGUUCAUGAGUUUUCGCAUGGAGCCAUGGAGAACUGGGGUCUCAUUACCUACAGAACUACUGCAGUGCUCUUCGACCCUGCGACCUCUGCCGAUAGCUACCGCAACAGGGUUGCCUACGUUGUAGCUCACGAACUUGCCCACCAAUGGUUCGGUAACCUCGUUACCAUGGAUUGGUGGAGUGAGCUUUGGCUCAACGAGGGUUUCGCGACAUGGGUUGGAUGGCUUGCCAUUGACCAUCUCUACCCAGAAUGGAACGUAUGGGGACAGUUUGUUACUGAUUCCGUACAACAAGCCUUCGCACUCGACGCACUCCGAACCUCGCAUCCCAUCGAAGUACCCGUAUACGACGGUCUCGAGGUCGACCAGAUCUUUGACCACAUCUCCUACCUGAAGGGCUCCUCAGUCAUCCGCAUGCUGAGCGCUCAUCUCGGUGAGAAGGUUUUCCUCCAAGGUGUAGCCGACUACCUCAAGGCUCACCAGUACUCUAAUGCCACAACCAAUGACCUGUGGUCUGCCUUGAGCAAGGCGUCUGGUCAGAAUGUAAACACCUUCAUGGACCUCUGGGUUCGGAGAAUCGGCUUCCCAGUCGUCACCGUUGCUGAAGAACCUGGUCAGAUUGGCCUGCGCCAGCAACGCUUCUUGCUUGCUGGUAAUGUCAAACCCGAGGAGGAUGAAACAACGUGGUGGAUUCCGCUGGGUCUUCACACGGGCGAUUCUGCGUCUACCACGGAGGUUCACAAGACUGCUGCUAUGACGCAGAAGGAGGACACAAUUCGUGAUGUCAAGGAUGGUUUCUACCUCCUUAACAAGGACCUCACUGGCUUCUACCGCACCAACUACCCCGCCGACCGCCUCAAGAAACUCGGCGAGGACCGCGAUCAGCUCACUGUACAAGACAAGAUCGGCCUCGUUGGUGAUGCGUAUGCAAACGCGGUCGCGGGCUAUGGAUCUACAGCUGGCUUGCUCGCGCUGGCGGAGCGCUUCCAAGACGAAUCUGAUUAUUUGGUUUGGUCUCAGAUCCUCACCAACAUUGGCAACGUCCGCAGCGUGUUCUCUGGCAGCGAAGAUAUCAGCGAGGGACUGAGGAAGUACCACCUCAAGCUCAUCACGCCGGCCGUCGAGAAGGUUGGCUGGGAGUUCAAGGAUGGAGAGAGCUACCUUGUUGGUCAACUGCGCGCCAGUCUGCUUCUGUCGGCUGGCAUCGUCGGCCACCAGGCCACCGUCGAGGAAGCGUUGAAGCGAUUUGACGCUUAUAUCGAGAAGGGUGACAACAAGGCCAUUCAUCCCUCGCUUCGCCGGGCCGUCUUCGCCACAGCGAUUAAAAACCGCGGUGAGUCAGCGCUGAAGGCUGUCAUGAAUGAAUACCUCAACACAACAUCAAUCGACGGCAAGGAAAUCUGCCUCGGCUCUCUCGGCCGCGUACAGACGCCCGACCUUGCAAAGCAGGUCAUGGACUUUGUCUUCUCGGAUAAGGUGGCCAUGCAAGACAAGCACUCUUCGACGAUUGCUCUUGCCAACAACUCCAAAGUACGACCAGAGGUGUGGAACUAUGUUAAAGAAAACUGGGACACUAAAGUUCAUCCUGCACUUGCUGGUAACCCUGUUGUGCUGGAGAGGUUUUUGAGGUUUGGUUUGAACAAGUUUACGGAUGUGAAGACUGCGGAUGAUAUUCAAAGGUUUUUCAAGGAUAAGGAUACUAGAGGGUAUAAUAAGGGGUUGGAUGUUGUGGAUGAUACGAUAAGAAGUUAUGCUAGUUAUGCGGAGAGGGAUGGUGGGGUGGUUAGGGAGUGGUUGGGGGCGAAUGGGUAUUGA